UCUCUCUUAUCCCCUUCACUAAACCAAACCACCUCCACCACUCCCUCGUCCGAGGCUGUUUUCCAACACUUUGAACCAUCGAACUAAGUUUGAUUCAAACUCUCUGGCAAUGGCACUACUAAGCCCACAGUUGCAGAAAUUCCUCCUGACAAAGCUCCACUCCAGCAGCUCCAGCUUGAAGCCACCCAAGAAAUCUACUUGUUCCACCAAAGCAAGAAGCCGAUGCUGCUCGGCUAUUGCUAUUGAUGCACCGUCAUCCUUGACAGCUGUAGCCGGUGUUCGUUGGGGUUCGACAACCCGGCAGGGUCCCCGGGAAGAGAUGGAAGAUGAUGUCGUUGUCCGGUGUGAUGGCCUUGAUGGGUUCUCGUUUGCUGCAGUGUUUGAUGGGCAUGGUGGUUUUUCUUCUGUCAAGUUCCUCAGGGAUGAGCUUUAUAAAGAGUGUGUUGCAGCUUUACAAGGUGGAUUGCUUUUGAGUGGAAAGGAUUUCCAAACCAUUAGAGAGGCAUUAAAGGAGGCUUUUGUAAAAGCUGAUACGAAGUUAUUAAAUUGGCUUGAAAUGUCUGGGGAGGAACAUGAAUCUGGAUCAACAGCUACUGUUAUGUUCAUUGGAAAUGAUAUGCUGUUUAUUUCACAUGUUGGUGACUCAUGUGUGGUCCUAUCUCGUUCGGGAAAAGUGGAAGUAUUAACCAAUCCUCAUCGACCUUAUGGAAGCAACAAGGCCUCACUUCAAGAAAUCAAAAGAGUUAGAGAUGCAGGUGGAUGGAUUAAUAAUGGAAGGAUUUGUGGAGACAUUGCCGUAGCUCGUGCUUUUGGUGACAUGCGGUUCAAGACAAAGAAGAACGAGAUGCUGAAGAAAGGAUUAGAAGAAGGGAGAUGGUCUGAAAAAUUUGUUUCUCGUGUACAAUUCAAUGCAGACUUGGUUGUUGCAUCUCCAGAUAUUUUUCAAGCAGCUCUUGGGUCAGAUGCAGAGUUUGUACUUUUAGCAUCUGAUGGCUUAUGGGAUUACAUGAACAGCUCAGAUGCAGUUACUUUUGUUAGAAAUCAACUUCGACAGCAUGGAGAUGUUCAGCUAGCUUCUGAAGCACUUGCCCAAGCAGCUCUGGACCAAGGAUCACAAGAUAACGUCAGCAUCGUCAUCGCUGAUUUAGGGCGGACAGAUUGGCAAAACUUGUCACUAGAGCAACAAAAUUUUGUAUAUGAAUUGGGGCAAGCUUUUGCUACCAUUGGUAUCGUGUCUCUUGGAGUUUGGAUAUCAUCUCAGCUGUCUUUGUAAAUUUUAACCUCUGGCAGUGUAUAUAAUUCAACACAGAUUUCCACAUUUCCACCUUUAUAAUGUUGGUUUAGGAAACAAAGAAUAAUAAUAAUAAUAAAAAAGGAAUACUAAAACCUUUGUUACUUCA